GAAAAUAAACCAAUCAAUUUUCCUGCUUAUGGUUGUGCUUCUGCCUUUGAAGGUUUCUGCAAUUUUAUGUGCUUCCACCUUUAAGAUGCUUAAAAGCAAACUUCCACUUUCCAUUAAUUUAUAAUCAGUUACAAUGCUAUAAUAAUCACACCGAAUCUUUAAUAUCAAAACAGUGUGCUUUCAUAAUUCUAUGAUAUCAAAUUAUUUUCAAUGGAAACACCAAAUAAUGCGACUACAUCUACUAACAAUAAGAUCCCUGAGGAAAGUGUAAUUUGUCAUGAGAACAUCAAAGGCUAUGUAGAGCCUAGAUUUGAAUGCUCCAUUUGUCUAUCAUGGUUACAAGACCCAGUUUUAACAUCCUGCGGACAUAAAUUCUGUUCUGAAUGCAUUCGUAAUUGGCUUGAGAAAGGAGGUGUUUGUCCAGUUGAUAAUCAACCCUUAAAAUCUGAAAAUCUCUUUAGAGAUCUUUAUACUAGUAGAGAGAUAUCUGAGAAACGUAUAACUUGUCGUUAUCAGCAAUUUGGUUGUCAAGUAGAAUUAUCUCCUGUGGAUGUAGAAACGCAUAUUAAUCAAUGCACUUAUAGAAGGAAUCUUCCAGAAUCUCAAGUACAAAAUACCAAUAAUGCAAUGUCUGCGGAAUCAAAAUUAUGGGAUCCAACUCCAAAGAAUGGGACACAGAUUACAGAUAGGGAACCUUCUCCCGAUUGGCAACAAUUAGUCAAAAAUCUGUAUGAAAAGAUAAUAGCUUUGCAACAGGAAAAUCAGGCACUUUCUAUAAUGGUAUCUAAUCAGAAAAAUAAACUUGAAACUAUGUGUUUACGAAAUUGUAAUGGAAUUUGCAUAUGGAGAUUAGACUCCUUUCAAGAGAAACUUACAGCUAUGCUCAACGAUCCAUUAACAAAAAUGUUUUAUAGUCCGGAUUUUUACACGAAUCCGAACGGAUAUAAAAUUUGCGCCAGACUUAAUAUAUUCUCUCAAAAUUCAGAUUAUCUAUCUUUGGUUUUGCAUUUUAUGAAAUCGGAAAAUGAUGAUGCUUUAGAUUGGCCAUUUGAUGGUAAAAUGUACUUUAUAUUAGUACAUCCACAAGAUUCGAAGAAAAAUAUAUGCGAAACGGCAAAAUCGGUACCAAAUGUCGAAGCGUUUCGGAAACCCACGUGCGACCGAAACAAACGUAGCUACGGUUUUCAGGAAUUUGUACGCGUAUGCGACGUAUUCAAUUUUCUGCAAAAUAAUAGUCUAAUUUUUAGAAUAGAAGUCUGCGCGAAAUUACACAACGACAGCGACAAGGACAGCAACACAGCGACAGUUUAAGAGACUUCUAAUAUGAGUAUAUAUAUUUUUUUGCUAGGUUUAAUCAUAAUAUUAAUGAUAAGCU